GUUUGAACGAAUGAUUACAAGGAGUCAGUUAAUCUCAGCAAAGGAUUUAGAAGUAGACGGGCACAUGUUCCAAGACAUGAGCUCCGGUACAGCCAACGGUAGCAGUAUGGAACUGGGGGAGUGCAUCCAAAACACGGGCUUCCAUGAGGAUGACGAGACAGAGGAUGCUGUUGGUGGAGACGAAGAGAACAGGACUUCGACGGUCAAGAUGUCCCCGGGCAAAGAGGAGGAUACUUAUACCCAAAUCAAACCUUACGCGGGCAUGCCUAAAGAGGUCCUCCUUUUAUAUUCAGUCCAAGCUCGCUACCGACUGCCCCGGGAGAUCCUGUUCUGGCUGACCAUUGUGUGCACCUUGGCGCUGGUCGCACUGACCAUCACGGUGAUCGUUAUGUCGCCCCGUUGCCUCAGCUGGUGGCAGUCGUCUCCUGUGUACCAGAUAUACCCACGUUCCUUCAAGGACUCAGACAGCGAUGGUAUCGGAGACCUCAAAGGCAUCUUGGAUAAACUGGAUCACUUUCAGUACCUGAACAUCAAGGCCAUCUGGAUCAGUCCGUUCUACAAGUCUCCCAUGAAAGACUUUGGCUAUGAUGUGGAAGACUUUAGAGACAUCGAUCCACUCUUUGGCUCCAUGCAAGACUUUGAUGACCUCCUCGCUGCCAUGCAUGACAAAGGGUUGAAGCUGAUCAUGGAUUUUAUCCCUAACCAUACCAGUGACACGCACCAGUGGUUCAACCUCAGCAGUAGUGGACAUGCACAGUACAAAGACUACUAUAUCUGGGCCAACUGCAAUACUACCCACGCCCCCAACAACUGGGUGAGUGUGUUUGGGAACUCCUCCUGGACGUAUGUUGAGGAGAGGCAGCAGUGUUACUACCACCAGUUCCUCAAGGAGCAACCCGACCUCAACUUCCGCAACCCACAUGUUCGGAGAGAGAUGACUUUGAAACCGGAAUUAAUACUUGAAGAGCACACUUCUCCAGUGUGCCAGUGGCCAUCGAAGGUGAGCAUUUGCCCACUGAAGUUGGUUACGAUGCAGAACUGCAGUCAGGUUAAAACCCUGGAGAUCGUUCGUUUCUGGCUGGAGAAGGGAGUGGAUGGAUUCCGUAUGGACGCUGUGAAGCACAUCCUAGAGGCCAAGCACCUGAGGGAUGAGCCCCAAGUGGACCCACAACAAGAUCCAGAUACAAUUGACACAGAGUUUGAGCUCCACCAUGACUACACCACCACUCAGUUAGGGCUGCAUGAUAUCCUGCAGGCCUGGAGGGGAGAAAUGGACGUCUACAGUAGAGAGCCAGGCCGAUACAGGUUUAUGGUAGCUGAGUCCUAUGACUAUGAGGAGACUGACAAGACCAUGAUGUACUAUGGGACACCCUACGUUAAAGAGAGUGACUUCCCUUUCAACUUCUAUCUGAUGGACCUGCCAACUAAUCUGACUGGAACUGGGGCUCAAGGCCUGGUCAAUCUGUGGAUGGCCAACAUGCCAGUAGGGAAAUGGCCAAACUGGGUGGUUGGGAACCACGAUAAACCUCGUAUCUCCUCCAGUGUUGGCCAGGAGUACAUUAAAGUGAUCAACAUGCUACUGCUCACCCUGCCCGGCACACCCACCACUUACUAUGGAGAGGAGAUAGGCAUGAUGAACAUCAAUGUGACCAUUGACGAGAUCCAGGACCCCUUUGGAAAGUUUAACCCUAAUGCCAGUCGUGACCCUCAGAGGUCCCCCAUGCAGUGGAGUGAUGGGCCGAAUGCUGGCUUCAGUGAUGCCAAUCAUACCUGGCUGCCUUUGCACCCACACCACACAACAGUUAAUGUGGAGGCUCAGCAGAAAGACCGUGUGUCGGUUCUGUCUCAGUACCGGGCCCUGAGUCUCCUGCGACAGGCCCAGCUGCCUCUCCAUCGGGGUUGGAUGUGCUACAUCUGGAGCGAUGCGGAUGUCUUUGCCUUUCUGAGGGAGAUAGACGGCUUGGACAAGGCCUUCCUCGUGGUGCUCAACUUUGGAGCGGACUCUGUUAUAAACCUCUCGGCCAUAACAGAGUUGCCAGAGCAGCUAACACUUCAUAUGAGUACCAAGCAGGAAAACUAUGGGAUGCCGGUGAUUAAAUCUUCAAUUGCCACGGCGCGAGGGGAGGGGCUGCUACUUGAGUACUCCACCCACAUGCGGUUCAACCCUGGCCACGCCUCCCAGUGUUUUGUCUCAGAGAAGGCCUGCUAUCUGGGAGUCUUGGACAUUCUGUAUAAGUGCUGAGUACUGCAGCCUCAGAGUGGGAGGAGAAAUCACCAUGUCCUCGACAAUCAAAUGUGUUAUGAUGAGACUGGCUGUGAUUGAGUCAGUGUAUGUUCAAAUAAGUUGACUGUUUGUUCAAAAAGUUGAUUUGUUCUCAUUAAAAACGGCAUUAAUUUUCCAAAUGUCAUUCUCUUCUCACCACAAAUAUGCAGAUGAAACAACUUACUUGCAGUUCUCACCCUUCUAAUGUCACAACUGUCAUACUGCAGAUCAGGGGUGUCACUCAUUUGUCCCCGGGGGCCGCAUUCGGUCUUAACGAGGUCCGGGUGCUGCAUUGAAAAUGUGUUAUUUCCUCACUGUCAAAAUGAGCAAAAGAUAGUCCUCUAUCCAGUGAGUUGGACACAAUCCAGAAACUAUAUAAAUGUAGGUCUGUUAUCAUUACUACACUGUUUUGAUUUGGUUUUAGUCAUUUUAAAGUAUACUGAACAAAAAUAUAAACGCAACAUAUAAAGUGUUAAAAGAUCCCAGAAAUGUUCCAUCAGCACAAAAAGCUUAUUUCUCCACAAUGUUGGGCACAAAUGUGUUUAAAUCCCUGUUAGUGAGCAUUUCUCUUUUGCCAAGAUAAUCCAUCCACCUGACAGGUGUGGCAUAUCAAGAAGCUGAUUAAACAGCUUGAUCAUUAUACAGAUGCACCUUGUGCUGAGGACAAUAAAAGUAUUUUGUUACACAACACCA